AUGGGCAGAAAGAAGAAUGCUCGUGCAGAUGAUGACGACGAUGACGAUUUGUUCAACCAAGUGUUGAGUGGAUCCACUAAUAUUAUGGAGGGCGGUGGAUCCAUAAAUGACAUCUAUCUGGUCAAAAACACAGAGCAUGCGGCAGAUGCCAUAGAUUUUGAAGAUAUUGACGAAUUAGCAGACGAUGACGAUGAUUUGGUAGAAGACGAGAAUGAUCCAUCAAGAAAACUGACUAAUGAAGACGCUGAUGACGAGAGGGCGAACAAAGACGCAGAGGAUAUGUUUGAUGAUGUUUUUGGAGAGGGAGAAGAGGAAAAGCAAGAACAGAAAGCUGAAGAGGAUUUCGACGACAUAUUUGGUGAUGGUGGCGAUGAUAUUGAUGUAGACAAGGGCAAUGAUGAUCUAUUCGAUGGGCUUGGAGGGCAGAACGAUGGAUUUCAUGAUGAAAACGACGAAUUGGAUUUACAGUUAUUCGAUGAGGAUGAGAAAAGAGAGGUUGCCGAAGAGGAAAACAAAGAGGCAAUGAGUGCAGCCGAUGAACGUAAGCGCAAGCUUGAUUUGGAGGUGGAAAGAAAGUCAGCCAAGAAGGCAAGAAUACAAAAGCUUGUGACUAAGAUGGAAGGCAGACUCAGGAGGAAAAACCUUUCGAGAUACUUCCCAGAGUAUUCGGUAGAUAGGCCAUACAACAAUCAUUCGCUCUUUUUACCAACACAGCGAUACUACAACUAUUUACGAACUCCCUUGGCUCAAAAAUCUAAUGUUAAGCCAUUAAUACCCACUAAGGUAGUUCUUGAUCUCGAGCCUGAUCAAAGGAAAGCAUUUAAGUCGCACAAGGAUUUGAGCAACCAGAUUGCCUCAAGAAAUUCGGGAAGAGUUGUAGACAUUAUACCAUCGGAUUAUGCAUUUAUUCAGCAGUUGAAAGAACGUGCAGAGAAUGGAUACAGUACCUUCAGACAGAUUCCCUUCUUAAAGAUGGAUGGAUCCAAUGACAUUUUCGGGAGCUUACCUAAAGACUUAGUUUUCAGUACAACGUCCUGGGAUGAUGACGAAAUAAUAAAUGGAGGGGACUACAAGAAGUCAAAUAAGAAACUCAAUUUAAAUAAGAAUAUAACUGUCAAGAACCCUAUAAUAGAGGGGAUUGAUGAUAUUGAUCUUGAAGAGGACGAAGACUUUGACGAGGACAUAUUCAAUGGUACCAUUAGUGGCCAUAACAAGCUAAAACUUGACAUGAAUGACCCUAACUUACUAUUUGUGCCUGAUGUCAAGGCAGAACUGCUGGGAAAGAAAACUAAGUCGAAAGCACUUAUCCCAUCUUCAGAAAAGCUCUUGGCAAACAGAUUUAAUAUUUCUAACGAUAAACAGUACGAAGUGUUGAAGAAAAACUAUAACACCAAGGUUAGAAGUCAAUUGAGUAAUUUAACGAUUGACCAUUCGAUUCCGGCCAUGCGUUUACAAUCUCCAUACUAUAAGGUUAGAUUGACUAAGGCUGAAUGCAGAUCAUUCCAUAGACCAAGGUUUAUCAUCAGGCCAGGAACUUUAAUGAAUUUCUCCAAAUUGAAAGUAAGAAAGAAAAAGAAGGACAGAGGUAAGUCCUCUCAAGAAAUAUUCCAGAAAACUUCAGAUUUGACCGUCUCUGACACUGCAAUGAUCGUGGGUAUGGAAUAUUCUGAGGAAUAUCCUCAGAUAUUACUGAAUUUCGGUAUGGGGUCGAAAAUUAUCAACUAUUAUAGAAAAGAAAAAGAUGAUGAUGCCACAAGACCGAAGGCAGUUAUUGGGGAGACUCAUGUAUUAGGUGUCGAAGACAGGUCUCCAUUUUGGAACUUUGGACAUGUCGCCAGGGGAGACUUUGUUCCCACUUUAUAUAAUAAUUUGAUCAGAGCUCCAGUUUUCAAGCAUGAUAUCAAGUCCACAGACUUUUUACUUAUAAGAACUCAAGGUGCGGGAAAUCAUCCAAGAAAUUACUUGAGAAGUAUGAACCAUGUCUUUGGAGUUGGUCAAUUAUUCCCAGCGGUAGAAGUUCCAGCGCCACACUCGAGAAAAAUCACUAAUACUUCGAAGAACCGUCUUAGAAUUGUUGCAUAUAGAACUAUGAAUAAAAAUGGAGAGCAAAGAAUAUCUGUGAAAGAUAUUUCUAGCCAUUUUCCUGACCAGAAUGACAUGCAAAACCGUCAAAGAUUAAAGGAGUUCAUGGAGCAUCAACGUCACGGAGAAGAUCUGGGAUUUUGGAAAAUGAAAAAUAAUGAACCUGUGCCUAAUGAGGACGAGAUUAGAACAAUGAUCACACCUGAAGAUUUGUGUCUAUUGGAUAGUAUGCAGCACGGCCAACAGAUGUUGGAGGACUACAUAUACAUAUUUAGAGGAGAAGAUAAGGAUCAAACCGCCAGAAAGGACAAAGCCAUCACUGAUAAGAAAGAAAAAGGAGAAAAAGGAGAGAAAGGAGAGAAAGAAAAGGAGGAGACUGAAAAUGAGAAAGAAACAGAGAAAGAGGGAUCAGUUCCAAAACAAGAACCUAAAAAUGGUAAAAAGCCAAAUGAGAAGGAAAGGAAAAAGAGAGAAAGGGAUGAUAAAGAAAAGGCAAACGAGGAAGUAGAAGAGGAAUUGAGCUCGUGGAAUUUAUCUCGUAAUUUUUUGAAUGCUAAUCAAACAAAGGCCAACUUGCAACUCAAUGGGGAAGGUGACCCAACAGGAGUUGGUUUAGGAUUUUCAUUUUUGAGGGCCACUCAAAAGAAUACAUUCCAACCAUUAUUCGGAAAGGAAGACGCAGCUAAUGGCCCUACAGCUUCAUCAAAGCCCCUAACCGCUGCUCAACUGCAGAAGAUCUACGAGGAUGAAGUAUCUAGAAUUUGGUACUCUCAAAGGAGAUCGCUUACUGUUGAAAAUAGCAACGAAAACCACAAUUUAAAUACGAUCUAUAGCGAACAUCCACCAGCAUCAGAAGCUAAGAUUGAUAUAAAAGAUAUCACUGAUUCCAAGUCUAGCAUUUUGAAAAUCACUAGAAGAUUUAGGGAUGAAAAUAAUAUUGUUCAAAGAAGAGUAAGCACAAUCAAGGAUCCUAUAUUGAUCAGAGCUUACUUAAAGAGGAAGAAGCAGAUCGAAGACGAUUUAUUGAAGAAUGCCGAGGUCGAUGAUAUCAUUCCUACCAACGAUAAAGCUCUUAAUAAGCUUCGUAAGAAGGCAUUAGAAGAAAAGUUGGCCAACUUGAAAAAGCGUCUCAAGCUGGGUAAAGGUAGAAAGGCCAGCAAGGAUGCUUUGCAUGCUGCAUUGGCAGAAGGAGGAACCAUCAUUGACGGGAAUACGGUAUUGUUGCCAGAUGGAACUUAUGCUAUUGGUGGUAAGGGUAUCGGAAAGGGUAACAGUAAAAACCGUAGAUGUACAGCGUGUGGUGCGUUUGGACACAUUAAGACCAAGAAGAGUUGUCCAUUAUUCAACCAGCCCAAACCUGCAGCUGGUGCCGUAACUGUACCACCUGUGCAACAGCAACUGAGUGAUACUGCAGCUCUCAACAGUUCGAAUCUGCCUGCCCCAGUGCAGCAACCACCUCCACCAUCAAUGAGUCCGCCAAUUCCCCAAUUGUAG